AUGACUCGUAAUGGUGGUGACUAUCCCCCAUACGAUUUAAUUGAACUUCGACCCGAUCUUUGUCUGCUUGGAGGAUAUACAAGCGCAGCUUCAAGUGGCGUUACUCCUGAUGCUGAAUGUCUUGU